CCCACCCAUUUAAGCAUCUACUUGGGAUGUUUUGCGUGAGAUCUUCAGUCUAAACAUCAGCACCAGCGGACCCCCCAGACUACCAGACCCCCUGACUAUCGGACCACCAGCCCAGCGGACGCACCACCAUGGGGGUUCUGUGGCUAAGGAGAGGCCGCCGCUCUCUGAUCUGGACCAAGGCGGUUCUGCAGGACAGCAGGGCCAGCAUCUACAGCAAACCCCCCCGAAAUCACAUUGGAGCCGGGCAAAGCUUCUUCAUCAUGUCGGUGUUUGCGGUGGCCAUGUUGGCUCCUGCUGGCUGGAUCCUGCAUCACCUCCCAGAGUACCGCCAGCGUCCAAGACCUGGACACCAAGAACAGAACCCCAAAACCUGAACCCCAAGACCAGAACCCCAAAACCUGAACCAAGAUCUAAAGACCUGAACCCUAAGACCAGAACCCCAAGACUUGACCUAAGACCUGAAGACCAGAACCCCAAGACCUGAACUAAGAUCUGAAGACCAGAACCCCAAGACCUGAAGACCAGAACCCCAAGACCUGUACCAAGACCUGAAAACCUGAGACCUGAACGAAGAUCUGAAGACCUGAGACCUGAACCAAGACCUGAAGAGCUGAACGACCACCGGCAAGACCACCAAGACACCAACUACUACUAAAUCAGCACCAAAGACCUGGGCUCAGAACUCUUUAGUGCUGUGGUCACUAGUCCACAUCUGGGUUAUGUUUAAUCUCCACCGCAGCCAAGGAGACAUGAUAGAGGGAGUAGUCUGGUUAGUUCAAAGCAUCAACUCAAAAUCUUUUUAUUAUCAGAUUAAAGGCCUACAAAGUAUAGUGUUCAAUACCUUGCUACGUAGCUGACUGAUAGAAAUGUAUAGCUUGACCCAAGAUGUUCUAAACAGUCAACUAAGUAGCAAAUUAUUGACCAAAUAAACCCACACUUAAUCAAUCUAAAAGUAACAAUUAUAGCACAGCCAUGAAUAAAAUAUAUCCCAAACAGUGUAUAGUUGUUCUGUCUGCCUAGAAAAUUACGUGUUAGUGAUCAUAGAUGAAGAAACAUCUAGUGAAGAAAUCACAGUUCAUAUCUUUUAUCAAGUGUAUUGUAAUAAAAAAAAACAUAAACAGGAAGAGAGAUGGGGUUCCAGAGUCUGUUGACAAGGGAAAGCCGUUUGUAUAAUACUGUGUCUUUUGUUUCAUGAUGGCGCACAGAGCUUGCUUAUGUCAAUUCAAUCUUUGGGAACAUUUUAUCAAAACAAACAGAUUUGUUGGUUCUUAUGAAGGCAACCAAACAAGACAUAAAUUAAAGAAAAACAAACAAACAAACUUUUUAAUCAAGGCAGUAGCAGCCAAACCGAGAUAAAGGAAGUUAUUAUUUGCUUAUGUAAGACUGUUGAUAUUGAAUGCUGUUCAAUAAACUUUAAACCCAGAAUUAAAAAA